AUUACAUACGACAUAAUGUAUUCUAUAGACUUCGGUGAUUUUGAAGAAAAACAAACACAAAGGCUGGCUCUAACAACUAAAUAUUCGAGAACGCAUAGAUUGUUGUACAUCAGUGUAAAUGUUGAGUUUCGCUCAAUUUUCCCGGGACUUCCGAGCGCUAUAAAUAAGACCCUGCAAACCAGUUUUGUCAAUACAUGUGAUUGCCGACUUAUCGAAUCACUUGCGCUUAAUAUAAGGAAUAUAUUUAGAGAAAAAAUGGACCCGAAAGAAGUGAGAGAGUCAUUGGGGAAAAACCAUCACUUCAACCCGAAAAUGAACCCAAACAUUCCUGUUGCUGGGAAUCAAACUAAACAAAAUUGGUGGAGUACCACUGGAAAACCACAACCAUUGCAGGUGAGAAUUCGCCAGGACUCCGUAUCGUCGGACACAUCCUCCCCCGUCGGGUCUCCAACAACAGCGACUGAUUUUUCCCAGUUUGAAAGGAGGAAUUCCAAGACCCUGUACACCUCCUUUGGAUUUGCCAGUUAGUUUCAUAAAGACUGGAAAAAAACGGGUAGACAAUGGCAAUCAGAUGCUAGUUGUGUUCAGUUAAAACUGUUCGGUUGUUUGCGUCCAUUUUGUUUGAUACAGUGAUACUGUCAUGUACAUAUUAUAUCUCAUUUGUAUAUAGGCUAUAUAAUAGCUACUCGUGUUACCGAACAAACACUUUCAUAAAUCUUAAAUGUGGAUGGGUAUUGUAAAAUGCGUGCUUAAAUGUGCUUCCGGAAGUUAAAUGAGAGGUGUUUCCUUUUCUAAAUGGUGAUAUUUUGAGUGUAUUUACAGUGUGACAAAGAUAUUGUCAGUAUUUGAUAUGUAUUUAUGUUAAUAUUAAAGUAAAUGCACUGCUAAA